UGUCAUUACCUUCUCUUUUAGAUUAGAAAUCAUGAAUGGCUUCAUCACAAACUUCUUUUAAAUUAGAAAUCAUGAAUGGCUUCACCACAAACUUCAUACUGAUGAUUAUUUUAUUGAAUAUUUUAUGUAAAAUGAAUACUUUAGUUGCUGGCACUGCUGGAGAGACACCAGUUUUUGACAGUGCAGAAGAUACAAGGAAUGAUGCUGCUGGAGGGAUGACACCAGUUUUAGACAGAGCAGAAGAUACAAGGAAUGAUGCUUCUGUAGAGAUGACACCAGUUUUUGACAUUGCAGGAGAUACAAAGAAUGAUGACAUUGCAAAAGAUUCUGAAAAUGAAUCAGAUGGAGAGCGUGCUGUCAUAGAAAGUCAACUUGAAGUAAGCAAGCUUAGAGUAAAAAGACAAUUUGAAUAUAAAAUUCCUCCAGAUUUUGUUAGAUUGUCAACUUGGGAAUUAGGAACGCAAGGAGCUCAGGGAGACACUGGAUUAUCAGGAGAAAAAGGGUUACAAGGAGCCAAGGGUUCAAAGGGGUAUAAAGGAAUGCAAGGAUAUAGAGGACAUCCUGGCAAAACUGGUGAAAAAGGCCAAUUUGGUGAAUCAGGGUCUAUUGGUCCAGCUGGAAAAAGAGGAAUUACUGGUGAAAAAGGAGAAGAAGGACCUGUUGGACCAAUGGGUCAUAUUGGAAGACAAGGCCCAAUUGGAAUUGUUGGGAAACCUGGACAACAAGGCCCACCUGGAGAACAAGGUUAUGUUGGUCCAAAAGGAGAAAAGGGUUAUCCAGGAGAUCCAGGAAUUGUUGGAGCAGUAGGUGAAGAUGGUCCACCAGGUUUGAUGGGAAAGACUGGACCACCUGGUCGUAUGGGUGAACCUGGAGAUCAUGGGUACCCAGGUCCUCCAGGUGCUUUUGGCGAACAAGGACAAGAGGGCAUAGCAGGUGAUCAUGGCCCACCUGGUAAUAAAGGAGACAAAGGUGUUGAUGGAGCCAUCGGACGAACAGGAGUGGUUGGAAUAAAAGGAGAAAGGGGUGUUCCUGGAAUAAAAGGUAACAUUGGAGAGAGAGGACCAAAAGGUAAAAAAGGUAUGAAUGGUAUGCCAGGUCCAGUUGGUGUUCCAGGAAUUCCUGGUUACAAGGGUUUUCCAGGAAUGUUUGGUGAGGAAGGUACUCCGGGUACUACUGGAAAAAAGGGUGAAAAAGGUUUACAAGGUGGGAAAGGUAUUGCUGGCAGUAAAGGGGAAAAGGGUUCUCAUGGUGAUUUUGGAAAUAAAGGUUUACCUGGAAUUAAGGGUUCAAAAGGGUACCCUGGUGAAGUUGGAGAUUCUGGAAUGGAAGGUCAAGUGGGUGCUAAAGGCAAAAAGGGGGACAUAGGAAUUCCAGGUGAAAAGGGAGAUAGAGGGGAUGAAGGGCAAAAAGGAUUUCAUGGUGAAAAUGGGAACAAGGGUAAACGAGGAGUUAUUGGAUCUCCUGGUAACAUUGGUUUGAAAGGACCUCAAGGACAGAUUGGAUUACCAGGAAAUAUUGGCCAAUCAGGUCUGGUUGGCCUCAAGGGUGUCAAAGGAGAAGUUGGUGCAACUGGUGAAAAUGGUAAUCAGGGACCAGAAGGUAAAAAAGGCCCAUCAGGAAAAACUGGGAAAAAAGGAAGAGAUGGUCCAAAGGGAGAUAAAGGUAUAUCUGGAAGUGAUGGAGAACCUGGAGAGUUGGGCCAAGUUGGUGAUGAUGGUGAUCCUGGAGAGCCAGGUGCUAUGGGAUUACCGGGAAUAAAAGGUGAGCAAGGAAACAUUGGUCCUGAAGGUAUUAUGGGAUUUGCUGGGAUACCAGGUGACAUUGGUGCUGUUGGUCUAGAAGGAAUUCAAGGACCUCCAGGAUUGCAAGGAAUAAUUGGACAAGAUGGAGAUGUUGGAUUACCAGGAGAUAAAGGAAGACGAGGAGAUAAAGGAAAAAAAGGCAUAAGGGGAAAACAGGGAGAUAUUGGUUUACCUGGUGAAAUUGGUAGUAUAGGGCAUCCUGGUGAAAAAGGUGUUGCUGGUGAACCAGGUGAUCAAGGUACUCCAGGCAAAAAAGGAAGAAUGGGUAACAUAGGAAAACCUGGUCCUGAUGGUCCUCAAGGACUUGUUGGGUUUCCAGGGAAAAAAGGUAAAUCUGGAAAAAAAGGUUUUCCUGGCCAACCAGGGCAGAAUGGUUUGCAAGGGGUUAGUGGUAUAAAUGGAAUUCCUGGUGCAAAAGGCAUUCAAGGUACAACUGGGGCACCUGGUCUACCAGGUUUAAGUCCAUCAGGAAGAAAGGGAGAAAAAGGUGAUCAAGGUUUAACAGGCUCAAAAGGAGUGCCUGGUCGAAAGGGUGAUUUUGGAGAUAGUCCAAGAGGUACCAAAGGAGUUGCUGGACUUGUGGGAAUCCGUGGAGAUAGCGGGUCAUCAGGAGAAAAAGGAGAUAUGGGUGCUAAGGGCCAAAAGGGUGACAAAGGCAAUAAUGGUGAAAUUGGUGAUAAAGGAACUGAUGGUCUGCCUGGAGAUAUUGGUAUCCCUGGGAGUAAUGGAAAAACUGGAGAACAAGGAAAAAUGGGUGAAAGUGGAAAAAAAGGUCAAAAAGGAAAUCCAGGGGAAACGGGACUUUUUGGAAUACCUGGUAAAGAUGGAAUUGAUGGACAAAUGGGUGAAGAUGGUCCUGAUGGAUCUAAAGGAGUCAAAGGAGAAAUUGGAAUGCCUGGUUUAGAUGGCCAACCUGGUAAACAAGGUUUACCUGGAAAUAAUGGUUUACCUGGUAUAAAGGGUCCUGUAGGAGAAAUGGGACCACCUGGUUUGCAAGGUGGUAUUGGACCUAUGGGAGAGGAAGGUCCACCUGGUUUUGCAGAUGGUAUUGAAAUAUCUGAUACAAUGGAUAAGAUUAGUUUUACUGGAACUCGAUCUGGUAAUGUUGGUGUGAAAGGCUCCCAGGGAGAUGAUGGUGAACCUGGAUUAAUUGGACCUCCUGGAUAUACUGGCUUAGAAGGAGACCCAGGUGAACCAGGACCACAGGGUCCUAUGGGAGAAAAUGGAAAUCAGGGCUUACAAGGUGAAAAUGGAGAAAAAGGUGACGAGGGAGAUGAAGGUUUUCAAGGUGAAAUCGGAAAUCCCGGAGAACCUGGUUUACCAGGACUUCCUGGUAUUCCUCCUAUUGAAAGUUUUAUUCCCAGAAGUGCGUGGAAUGAAUACAAUAAAGAUCCUGCUCGGUACUAUCACAUAGUUGCUGAUCAGUAUUUAACAUACUUGGGCAACGAAAUUGAAAGUAUUAAACAUCCUCAUGGAACACAGGGAAACCCAGCAACAAAUUGUAAAGAAAUUUAUGAUAACGGAGGAAAGUUUCUCGAUGGUUACUAUUGGGUGGAUCCAACUCGAGGUUGUUCUUGGGAUGAAUUUCGAGUGUUUUGUAACUUUACAGCUGGCGGUGAAACUUGUAUUAUUAGCAACAAAACGGAGUUCACUAUAAAACAAGAUGCUAAUGAACAUCAAAAUAAUAUUUCUCUUGCAUCACUGCACGGGGAGGUAAAUUAUGGUCUUCGUAUACCACAGUUUAACUUUAUCCGCUUAUUAAGUUACAAAGUGCAUCAAACUGUUACUUUACACUGUUUAAAAAGUUUUAAAUUUUUGGAUAAUAUUUAUUUACAUGGAUGGAACAAAAAACGCUUUAAUGCUGCUGACAAAAACCGCGUUACUGUUAUUGAAAAUACUUGCAAUAAUAGUCCUGGAAAAAUUGUUUUGCGAAUCGCUACUGAUAUGGAUUUGAAGGAUUUACCCAUAAUUAAUGUUUCUUUAAAACAAAGCGGCAUAGAAACAAUAUUUCUUGGACAAGCAUGUUUUUUAUAACUUUAAAAUCUAAAAACUGUUAAUUAACGUAUUUUCUGUAUAAAUGUUUUUAUUUUUAAA